CUCCUCCAUUGAGCGAGAAUACUCCGUUCUGGUAACGGCCGGUCGCUGUCUUCGAGAAGUUUGUGUCCGUGUGAAUCUCCUCCAUAUGCGUUCAAUUCCUAUGUGCGCUAUAUGUUUGCCGGCUUCCUCCUCCAACUAAAAUGGCACUUCCCGUCGUCCUGCAGUCGUCUGGCCUUGCAGGAGCUCGCCUCUCUACUCCGAUCUAUCGCCUGCCGAGGAGAGGCCCUUCUCUUCUCCUCAUUAAGCCUAAGCAUCUGCUUUUGAGGCGGCCGUCGUCAUCAUCGUGCUUGCUUGGUUUCCCCAUACGUUCCCGUGCUUCAGGGCGGACGGUGGUAGUUGUCGCGCAGUUGGAGGAGAGACAGUUCGAGAGUGUCGGUGCUGCUUCCGGAGCACAGGAGCCGGUGCCCUUGGUCGUUGAAUCCUUUAGUUCGAGGGAGUUGGAGGUGAAGAAUUCGGGCGGGGAGGAAAUCAGCCUGGAAGGAGGAAGCGGCACCGGAGGCAUUGAAGGUGGGUUUGGUGGAGGUGGCGACGGCGGAAACAACAACGAUAACAACGACAAGGACAAUUCCGGUGAAGGCGAAAACCAGGAGAAUAACAAGAAGAUGUCAAUGUCUCAAAAGCUGACAUUAGGGUACGCUGCCCUGGUUGGAGCUGGUGGAGUUGCGGGGUUUCUCAAAAGAGGGAGCAAGACAUCACUUGCUGCAGGUGGUGUGUCAGCCUUGCUUCUUUUUUACGUGUACACGCAGCUUCCAACGAAUCCAGUUUUUGCCUCAUCUGUGGGACUUGGCGUGUCUGCCGCACUUCUGGGAGUAAUGGGUUCUCGCUUCAAAAAAUCAGGGAAGAUGUUUCCCGCAGGUGUUGUAUCUAUUGUUUCUUUCAUAAUGACUGGUGGUUAUAUCCACGGGAUAUUGCGCAGUAUGCAUGCAUAAACUUAAGAAACAUAUGCCUUGUGGCAUUUUUGAUGUGUUAGUGCUGCUUGACUCUGAGAGGAUCAUAUGACUUUGUUGCUAGUUCUGUAGAUGUUGAUGAAUCUUGAACCUUCUGUAGCCUAUACUACCCCUAUUCUGUAUGUUCUGUUGUUUCUCGAGCUUCGUGGAGUAACUUGUCUUAUUGUAUUGGUUAAGGACUUUCACUCUUUUUCAGAUGAAUGUCGAAUGGAAUGUCUA